AUGGCAUCAAACGAGCAAAUUUUACCAUCACCUACUCUAAACCUGCUUGUUUCUCUUGGUUUAACCUGGACAAAGUCUCAAAAAACUGCUUACCUCGAAACCAUCCGCACUAUUACGCUGCCUAGGCUUAAUGUAAUCCAGGCCUCUGCGGUUGAAAACCGUGUAAUCAACGAGCCUUACCUUCACCGGGACGAUUUUUUGACUGAGACUCCUGCAGCUAAGCUAUCUUGGGAUGCUUAUUGGGAAGAGACCUAUCUUAGGAAGCCUACAGCGCGCGCACUGCGCCAAAAUGUCAUAAGAUGCCAUCCUCACCAAUGGAAAUAUAUCAUCCAACCAAACGAGAGCGUCAUUAUUCGUGACGAGCAUACCAACAAGAUAGUAUUAAUCGUUCUGCGAGACCUUGUGCCUCACCAAAGCCUUGCCUCUGCCAUGGAAGACGUCUGUGUAGAACUGGCGACGAAAUGCCCAUUCGAACGCCAAGAUGACCCCGGGACUUUGGUUCAUUUCGCUUAUACGUGUGGGUCGCGGCAAAACUUUCAAAUACAGUUAGCUACGCCGAAAAGAGGGCCAAAUAUGGGUCCCAAUUACGAGCUUCAAAGCAAAGCGCAAGGGGUGGCAGGCCUUCUUUGGAAUAUGCUGCGCUGCCGUUUGCCAGACGAGAUAAUUGACGAUUUUAACGACACCGUCCACCGCCACCACUUACCACGGAUGGAUAUGAUGAAAGCCCCGGAUACCUCUUUUGCCUUCGAAAUUGGAAGCCGAAAUGUGAGGUUUCCAACUGGCACAGGCGCCGACUUCGAGCUUCCACCUCCUUCCGGCUUAAUCAGUUAUAACUAUGCUAGAUAUACGCACAACGAGGUCAACGCCAACAACUGGGUGAUUGGUUAUACCACUCACGCGCCUGACGACCAUACAAAAGGUGGCAAUUUUUACUUGGCCCAAUACGGCGUAUUAUUGCUCCCAGCCAGUAACACAGCAUGGUCGUGGCAGCCAACUGAUCAUCACGGCACUACGCUAUUUGAAAUGACAGAUAUUGGAGAAAAUGACUCCAUAGGCUGCUCUGAGCGACGACUAGACGGUCAAUAUAAUGUAGGUCUUUUGUUCGAGAUAUCAAAAGCUUUGCCGACUGCUCGUUUCAACACAUCGUGGCUCCCAGAGAUGCCUCGGACCCCCUCGCCAAGCAGACUAAAACUACAGACUAAUCCGAAGGCGGUAAAAGCUCGUCGGGCUAAGCCAAAGACGGUAUACGCCCGCGUAAGCAAUGAAAUGUGCAAAAAGACGUGA